AUGCUUGUGUUGCUUGAUACAACAACCGUGUUGGGAGAGCUAGGAUGGAAAACAUAUCCAUUAAAUGGGUGGGAUGCCAUCACCGAAAUGGAUGAACACAACAGACCCAUUCACACCUACCAGGUAUGCAAUGUAAUGGAGCCAAACCAGAACAACUGGCUUCGCACAAACUGGAUCUCCCGUGACGCCGCUCAGAAAAUUUAUGUGGAAAUGAAGUUCACACUGCGGGAUUGUAACAGCAUCCCGUGGGUCUUGGGGACUUGCAAGGAAACAUUUAAUCUGUUCUAUAUGGAAUCCGAUGAAUCCCAUGGAAUUAAAUUCAAGCCAAGCCUGUAUACAAAGAUCGACACCAUUGCUGCGGAUGAGAGUUUUACCCAGAUGGACUUGGGUGACCGCAUCCUCAAACUCAACACUGAAAUCCGUGAGGUGGGGCCGAUAGAAAGGAAAGGCUUUUUUCUGGCUUUUCAAGACAUUGGAGCAUGCAUCGCCUUGGUCUCUGUCCGUGUUUUCUACAAGAAGUGCCCCUUCACUGUUCGUAACUUAGCCAUGUUUCCUGAUACCAUCCCAAGGGUGGAUUCUUCCUCUCUGGUUGAAGUACGAGGCUCUUGUGUGAAGAGUGCUGAGGAACGUGACACUCCAAAACUGUAUUGCGGAGCUGAUGGAGACUGGCUGGUUCCUCUUGGAAGGUGCAUCUGCAGUACAGGAUACGAAGAAAUCGAGGGCUCUUGCCAUGCUUGCAGACCAGGAUUCUAUAAAGCAUUUGCCGGGAACACCAAGUGUUCUAAAUGUCCUCCACACAGCUUAACCUACAUGGAAGCAACUUCUGUCUGUCAGUGUGAGAAGGGUUACUUCAGAGCUGAAAAAGACCCCCCUUCUAUGGCAUGUACCAGGCCACCUUCAGCGCCUAGGAAUGUGGUUUUUAACAUCAAUGAAACAGCCCUUAUUUUGGAAUGGAGUCCACCAAGUGAUACAGGAGGGAGAAAAGACCUCACAUACAGUGUAAUCUGUAAGAAAUGUGGCUUAGACACCAGCCAGUGUGAGGACUGUGGUGGAGGACUUCGCUUCAUACCAAGACAUACUGGCCUGAUCAACAAUUCUGUGAUAGUGCUUGACUUUGUAUCACAUGUGAAUUAUACCUUUGAAAUAGAAGCCAUGAAUGGAGUUUCUGAGAUGAGUUUUUCUCCCAAGCCAUUCACCGCUAUUACAGUAACCACAGAUCAAGACGGUAAGUUCCACUACUAGUCUCUCAAAACAGACCUAUGA